AGCAGCUGAUAAAGUCAGGGAGCAGUCCCAGCAGCUCGGUCAACACUGUUGAUAUUGUGCUGAAAGACGUAAGCAGAUCGCAUCCUUCAUGAUAACAUGUAUACUCGUGUUUCUCGCAGGCAACCUUUUAGGGUCCUGGUGUGUGCUGACAGUAAUAUCGACAGUGUGCCUCAUGGGAGCAUUACUGCGGGUUGUUAUUCCCGUCCUAAUAAUGGGCCGUAAACUUGCUCAUCUCCCCGGACCUCAAGCUCCCAGACUAAUAUCGGGACAGGGUGCCUACUUGAACAGGCUCUCCGCACGAGGAUCCAACACAAUGUUAAUGGACGUGUGGAUGGAGUGGGCUAAAAAGUACGGUCCUCUUUUCCACUACCGUCUUUACCAUAAACAUGUGAUACCUAUUGUAUUUGGGGCUGAUCCUAUCAAGAAAGUAUUACACGAUGUUGAUAACACCAGAUACGUCUUUCAAAACGCUCUUAAGUUCUAUCAAGGCUUAAGGAUGAUAGGAAAUAAGGGAAUGUUACUGACACCGUACAAUGAAGAUUGGAAGAUCAAGAAGAAAAUUCUAAGACAAUUCUUGAACCCCAGACACAUAGUAGAAAACGAGGGAACAAUACUUCGAAUAAUAGACAGGUCGCUAUCUAACGCUUCCAGAGGGACUCUUGGAACAUGUGACACCACCUCUGGUGCGAAAGAGGAACGUGAUUUGAAGGAGAGCACUGAGUUUGAUGUAGAUAACAUUUUGGAACUGUUCCAAGCGAUCACUUCUGAUAUCAUGGGUGAAUGCCUGUUCAACAAAGAUUUCGGGUGUUCAGCAGAAGUAGAGACAGGCUGUUCUGAUAUUGCUAAAAUGUACGCACAGAUAGCAAAAGAAAGCUACUCUGUCUUAGCUGAUCCUACCCGAAGACUCCCGUUCAGAAAAUUAGCAGUAAAAAGGCAAACCUGCAAGAACAUUCUUAAAGUGAGAAGAACAGCGAGGGGAAUAAUUGAGAAAGGGUCACCACUUACUGAUAAAUUCUUAGAGGCUUUCGACAAUAUUGAAGACGUAAUCGAUGACAUCAACUCCAUCCUAUUUGCAGGACAAGAUACCACGUCCAACGCCCUUUUCUACGCGAUAUCCUGCAUCGCUCACUAUAGAGACGUUAAUCGAUGGCUAAGGGAGGAGAUCUCCGAAAUUAGCAGCACAGCAACCUGGACCGAGAUAAACCAGCUGCCCAGACUUGACGCUGUGAUUAAAGAAACGUUACGCUUGUACCCUAGCGCUCCGUUAACCAUGAGGACCCUUCACAAAGACCACGAGAUCUGCGGAUAUACUGUCCCAAAAGGAAGUACGAUGUGGUUGUCGCCUUACACGGCUGGCCGGAACCCGAAGAUUUGGGACAAGGCUACCAGUUUCAUUCCCCAACGCUUCAUUAACCUAAACUUGAAGGACAUUCCUAAGUGCGAUUACUUCCCGUUCAUGGCUGGCCCUCACGAAUGUAGUGGAAAGAACUUUGCACUGAUGGAGAUAAAGCUUGUAAUAUUCCACAUUUUGAAGAGAUACACACUAUCACUACCCGAUAAAACCAUCCCAUAUCCUAGACUGGCAGUUACCAUGCACCCGGGAAGCAAGAUUAAAAUACGGUUUGAAAAGUUAUAGCGAGUCUAUUUAAUUUGACAGCUUAGUGUUUAAAUGCCUAAUCGGCGAUUUUAAUUAAUUUAAUUAUAUCCCAAAUUUUCCUGCGACGGUCAAGUGUAAUAAGGGUUGCCGUCGUUCUGCCCCGGGACGCUCUAACAUUGUAUCCCAGAGCCUUGUGCCCCAUUUGGGUUAGGAUUAUAAUGGUUGGGGAUAGGUGUGGGGUUAGGUUUGGAACAAUGUAUAAGAGCACUGGCCCACUGGGGCAGGACGUCGUGAACCAUAGUAAUUAGGGUCCCAUUUCCAUAGAUUGCAAUUUGAAUUACGAGUGCGGAUGUACUUUAGCUUCCUAAAUAUCAUUUGUUUAGAUAUUGAGGUUUAAAACAUACGUAUUUUGCUUUCUUUGAAUUUAAUUUAAAUUUACUUGUUAAUCGAGGUUCGGUGGGGCUUAUUUUUAAGAGUUUUUAUUUGCUUUCUGAAGAUUUGUUUUAUGCGAUUUUUUAGUC